AUGGUAAAUGUGACAGCUCGGAGUACCAGGUGCAGUGCUGCUGAGACAGAUACAGACUCGAAAUUGCAAGACCCUGAUAGUGUUCUUGAACUUAUUGAUAGUAAUGAUGAUCAAGAGAGUAAUACAAUCAAUCCACUUGAUCUCGUAACAGCACUCUUUCUGUGCUCAGAUAGCUUCCUGCAGCAGGAAAUGAUGUUAAAAAUGUCGAUGUGCCAGUUUGCUGUACCUCUCUUGCUCCCCGACUGCAGCACCAGCCAGUGUACAUUAAUGCUGUGGGCCAUGCGAGACAUUGUGAAGAAGUUUAGACCCCGUUCAUUAGCCGACUCGAAAGGGUUUGUAGAAGACAGUAUAGUCAGCACUGCCAUGCCAGUGAUCUCUUUUGCAAACGGUCUAGUGGAAAUAGGUUGGUACCUUCCUUGUGGAAAGAACAACUUGGACAUCUUUUCAGAACCUGUAGCUGUUGCCAACCUUCGUGGAAAUCUCCUUUCCUUUCAGAAACAGUUUUCCACUUUAUGUCAAACAUCCUUGGCAGUCUUCAUAUUUUUAGACAGUAUUGCAGAGAGCGAGUACAAUCUCUUGUCCUCUGCAGGAAAUAUUAAAGCCCAAUUGUUUUUGGUUGCACAUUUUCCAAAGAAUACAGAGAAACACACAAACUCUCUGAAAGACUUAGCAUCCAAUUUAAAAUUAAGUAGAAAUCGGAUCCUAUUGAAGAAACAGCAAAUCAAUGAUGCAGACUUCGU